GCAAAGGGUUAAUUCGCGGAAGUGGGUGCCUGCUGCUUUGCCUGCCUGUUUAGAAAUGGAGGCGCGCCGCAACUGCACCUCUAAGAACGAGAGGCUGGUCGGGCGAGGCGUGCCGGCGAGUCUGGAUCAGCGAUGAGUUUUUGUGCUUGCUCCUGCUUGUCCGUGUUGUGUCCGCGUGCGUGUGUGAGAGCCAUUGUUUUGCCUCCCGCUCCUCACAAGAGGUGGGCUGGGGAUCUUUUUUGCUGGCAUAAUGGGGCUCCUCGGAAGAUUCUUCCUGCUGUUGGGGCUCCUUUGCAGGAGUGGAGCUGCGGAGGACACCGCGGCAGGCCCUCUCCUUGAGCUUUCCUUGGGAAAGUAUAAGGAUGUAUUGCUAAAUGAAACCAUUCCAGCUGAAGCUGUGCUAAGGAAUAUUCCCAGCAAUGUGACUGUCAUUGUCUUCCAGAUCCACACCCAUCACAAGAAUGUGACCAUCUCCUUUGAUAAGAAACCAUCCACAAACAACUCGGGAACAGGGGUAGACAAAGGGCUGGUUUAUAUUCUUCGGCCGGAGCAGACUGUGUGUACCUGGUAUUUGCAAGCUGUGGAUGCCAAUCAAGUGUUCAGCACGGCAGUUUCUUUCUCUCAAACUGAAAGAGAUCCAAUUCCUGGAGGUUGCAACCUGGAAUUCAACUUGGAAAUUGACCCCAAUAUCUAUGUAGAGUAUAACUUGGCUGAGACGCACAUUAAAUUUGCCCCGGCAAAUCUGGGGUACAUGAGAGGUGCAAAUCCACCUUCAUGUGAUUCUACAACUAGUCACAACUCUAGACAGCGACUGUACUAUGAUAUCUAUCGGUAUUUCCUGCCAGAGAACGACCUGUCUGAAGUAACAUUUGUGAGCCACAUGAGGAAGAUGUCUGAUGUGCAACAUGUCAUAGCUAAUGGGGUUAAAGUGAUGACCUUGACUAACCAAGACAAAACAGACUUGUACUUUUCUUCACUCCCAGGGCAAGGAGUGAUAUACAAUGUCAUAGUGAGGGACCCACUGUGGAACACCUCAGCUGCAUAUGUGCCAGCUCACACCUAUGCAUGCAGCCUCUCCAAUUCGGUGAAUAACUGCUCCACUCUCAGAAAUCUUUCCACCAAAAUAUUUUUCACCUCGCUCGCUGUCCUUGGUCUCUUUAUCUGUUUCCUUGGGCACAGGUUCUGGAAAACAGAUCUGUUCUUUAUGGGCUUCAUCUCUGUGGCGUUUUUUUUCUUCAUAGCUGUUAGCAGAACUUCAUCUCUCAAUUAUGAUGUCAGUCUUGGCCUUACAGCAGUAGCUGGCGUUGUUGGAGGUCUCCUCUUGGUGGCUUGCUGGUGGCGAUUUGGCUUUGUCAUCCUGUGUAUGAUGAUUGUAGGACUAGUGCUGGGGUUCCUUGUUGCAUCUACAGUUUUCUUCACUCCCAUAGGAGACUAUAAGGUUUUCCAGGAUGAUGCUGUAUUCUGGCUGACCUUCUGUUGCAUUGUCUUGAUGGUCCCAGUAGUUUUUGUUGGCUGUCCCCGAGUUCUAAACAUCUUGACAUGUGGUAUAAUAGGAUCUUAUACCAUAGUCUUAGCUACAGCAUGUUACGUGUACAUAAGCCUUUCAUACAUCAGUAUAGACCUGCUCCGGAGGAUUCUAAAUGAAGACUUUAGGAGGACUUACACCAGCGUGCCCUUUCAGCCUAACGACCUCAUUGUCUUAGCUGUAUGGGCAAUGCUAGCAAUUGGAGGAAUAACAGUGCAGCUGCGCCGAGAAAGACAUGAGCCACCAUUCCCACCGCACCCCUAUCGGAUAUGGAAGCGUGAGAGAGAACGCAGAAUAACUAACAUCCUGGAUCCCAGUCAUCACGUCCCUCCCCUGAGAGAAAGAAUCCAUAGUAAGCUAUCCCAGAUCAAGGACCUCUUCCGAAAAGAGCAGCCAGCUGGGGAGAGAACACCACUACUCUUGUGAACUGACGUACAAUUGAAGUGUGGCUUGAGACUUUCAGGAGGAGGCAUCCUCUGCUGCUGAGGACUUCCUCUGUUAUCUUUCUCCUUCAACCAAAAUUGAACAGGCUAGAAAAAGAUCAGCAAUUGCCUACUAAGAAGCCCUAUGUUCUGCUUAGUGAUCUGGUUUCUGUGCUAAAGCAUGUAGGCACUUUCAUCUGGUUACAGUUUGUAACAAGAAUGGAGUACACAUUAUGUGCAAUGUGUUAAAUUAUUGGGGUGGGAAGGGGAGGAUGGAAGGUAGGUGAAUGUGCAACUUUUAAAGCUUCAGACCCUAAGAAAAAGAUGGUCACUUCAAGCACGUGCAUAGUUCUCUUAUUUUCAAAGACAGUAUGAAACACCACCCUUUUUAGCAUAGGUUUUCAUUGUGAGCCAAAUAUACAGAAUGUGGGGGAAAUUAGUUAAGGUUUGGCUACAAAUAGAACAGGCACUUGGUGGCCUUGGUGCUGUUGAAGACUUUGAUACAAAACUUUCUCACUGCUUGCCAAUGACAGCUCUAAGUUGUCAAGCUGUACUAAAAUGUUUUAAUUGAAGCAGGUUAAAUUGUGUCCACUACCUGUGUGUUGAAAAAAAUAGCUAUUUUCAUUUCAUAUUUCCAAGGGGAGGGGAAAAAAUACAUUUUAGGGUGUAAGUCUGUAGCAGGUUAAUUUGAUUUUAGUGUGUUUUGGUGCUACAGCUGAAAAAGAACAAGCAAUGGUCUCAUCUCUGGAAUUGAAGGGGGCUUUUUAUUAGGGAGGAACAACUAUAAAUUUGUCUAGCCUAUAUGUCAAAGUUUCUUUUCAUAUUAGACUACUGUUCUUGGCCAUGAAACUCCUUCUUUGUCCCUGACAUGUUUCCUCUAUGUACUUUUUAUAUUCAAAAAAGAUUAAACAGGUUUGCAGGCAUCUGGGUACUGUUGUAUGGCUGUCCUGGGCUACUAUUUUAUUUUGCAGUAUCCUGAACCAGGGAGAAUAAUAGACUCUGCUGCUCAAGGGGCCAAAACAGUGCCACACAUGUGGAUACUCCCAGGUUGAGGGCACAGGAUAGGGUGGGGGUGAUUCUUAAGGUUGCAUAUGAGCUGCUCUGCUCUGAGCAGAGAGGGUACAGUUUUGCCAAGACAGUAGCGAAAACGGAAGCACUUGAACAUCCUAUUUUCUUGCAUCAUCUUCCUGUCAGCUCUGAAUUUGGCAGCUUGUGUGCAGGUAUGUACUUCCUACCAGCCUAAUGUUGCACAGCUGGAUUUUGCCUGUUUGAUUACUGAUCAUGCAAUAUAAUCCCCCCUCUUGCCAGGUUAGAAGUUCAAAUCCAAAAAAAAGCGCGUAGGGAUUGUGUGAAUACUAUACUGAAGAGCCUUUUUUACUUUCAAUAGGUAAAGAAGUGACACAAAGCAGAACCACACAGUUACUAAUUGUAGGGGUAUUAAGGCAAGUGAUUGUAUUAAUGAAAGAAUACCCUGGCUUAUGUCAUAAUCUUUAAAUCUGUUCAUUCACUGGAAGAGGUAGUAUAUGGAGAAACCCUCAGGUUCAUUAGGAUUUUGAGAUCCAGUGUAUGGAUCAGAAUUCCCAUGCUUUUGGUGGGCAAAUAGGAAAAAAAAGCUAUCAGUUUCUUCAUUUCUACAAUAGCAAAAACUGCCUGCAGAUCCAAACACUUUUUUCAAAGUGUAGGAGUUCCAUUGUACAUUAUAGAAUCUGGUACUCUGGUGUGUCAUAUGUUUUAAGUGCAGACAGGCAGUAUUUAAGAUACAAUACUACGUCCUUUUCUAUUCAAAUACAGCCUAUCUGUGACAGGAUUCUGGUGCAUUCUGUGUUAAUGCUUUCUUGGGCUGACUCUGGAUUUCAGUAGUGGAGGAAGGCUUGUUGGCACAGUGCUCUGACUUCUUCCUCAGACUAGAAAGAUGCUGGAUUACAACACUUUAGAUGAGGAUAAUGCAUACAUCUAAAACUUGUCUAAUUCUGAACAUUAUGCUUAGUUUUAUUACAUCCCUAAAGCUCUCAUGUGGAAAGUCAGAGAUGCAGUGCAACGUUUAAAUAUUCAACAGGUAAGAUAUGCCCUUCUUCUUUCUUCUCCUGCUCUGGUAACUCACCCUUUCCCUGCCUGGUGUAACUAACAAGACCCUAAUGAUGGUGUAGCUGCCUUUUAUCUUAAUAUUCAUAUAUCACCCCAUUUCCAUAGGGGUAUUAUUCCCAUGUGUUAUGCUGUCUCAAGAAAUUUAAAGGAAAUUUAAAUGUGAACCUGCUGGUUCUAUCUCUGCAAAGCAACUAAGCAAGAACAAUGUUGUUUGACAUUCAUUUUGAAGAUCUGCAAGGCAUACUUGUGUCAAGUGGACCAAAAUAGUUGAACUUUGAACUGUUUUAAAUACAGAAAAGCCAACACUUAGAUUACAAGUGAUAAAAGAUGGAAAAGUCUAUAAUGCUCAGUAGCUAACCAGAGCUUAAUUUCAUUUCAGUGUUGAAAAAGAAUAGAUGUAACAUUGUAUUCCUUUUGUCAAGAAUGGCCCUAAUGUGUUGGCUCUCUGGCCAUUUUUUACUGCUGAGAUUGCCAUGUGCUCAAAUAGUAAACAUCUUAAUAUAAAAAUUAGCCAGGAUUACUUUGUUUUGGUAAUAACUUCCAUGAGUUACAAUGCCAAAACAUCUAACCCAUUUUCUAUCCCUUUUUAUAAUAAAAAUGUGCUUGCAGUUGAA